UGCAUUAAGCCCAGUUUUCUUAGAACAAGGCUCGCAUUUACCAGGUAUUGUGUAUUUGUAUUGUGUUAAUUGUGUAACUAUAGUAAGUUACUUCUAGUUAUGGUAACAUUUCAUAACGAAGGGUCUUUCUUUCAACGAAAAGCCUGUACACAGGCUAACCUUGGACGAGGCUUAAUUAUUAAUAUUGAUGACACUUAUAUGUUUUUAUAUUACACUGCAUGUAACUGACAGAGAAUCACGUGUAAAAAAUUGAAAUUCUAUAGAAAAUGGCAGUAAUUAUUAUAGACAAGAAAGUAGUAGUAGAAGUAGUUUAAGUAUAAGUAGUAGUAGUAGUAGUAGUAGUAGUAGAAGUAGUAGUAGUAGUAGUAGUAGUAGUAGUAGUAGUAGUAGUAGUAGUAGUAGUAGUAGUAGUAGUAGUAGUAGCAGUAGUAGUUAAGUUAAAACAGAUAAGAAAUAAGCAUUAUAAGUGUUGCAUAGUCAAAUGUAUUGGCUGGAAUUAGAAGGCGUGUCUUGCAGAGAGUUGCCGCGUGUCUAUUGGUCAAUGCCACUAACUGAGCAUGUGUUGAGGUUCUAUGGUAAAAUAUUUAAGCUUCGCACCCACUUGCGAAAUCGGAUGUUCUCAACUUUGACUGAAUCGUCUUCACCAAAUAUUUAUACAAGGACAGUUUCAUAAACUAGUACUUCAUGUAAUGCAAUAUUCCAUAAUAUCUCUAAAAAGAGAGAGCAUUUACCGGUGAUUAUUGCAUAAUUGAAAUGAAUAUACACCUAAUAGCGAAUUGAAUUUUUUGCUUGUUAAGCAUGUCUCAUAAUCUAAAUAUUGAGAAUUUUAUGCCGCACAAAAUCCAAAAGCCGACAAUGACAUCGCCGGCCCUGGCCGUCAACGGAUAUGACGUCAGUGCCUCCUCGCGGUCUGGAACGCUCAUGGACGGUCGCACUGUUGAUCGGAUGCCGAGGACACCUAAGUGCGCGCGCUGCCGUAACCAUGGCGUCGUGUCAGCGCUCAAGGGACACAAGCGAUACUGCCGGUGGCGAGAUUGCCUCUGUGCUAAGUGCACGUUGAUCGCCGAGCGGCAGCGGGUCAUGGCCGCACAGGUGGCGCUGCGGCGGCAGCAGGCCCAAGAGGAAAGCGAGGCGAAGGACUUGGGGAUCCUGUACGGCCCCGGGGGCCUCCUGCAGAUCAACGAGGGCACCGCGGACGAAGACGAAGUGCGCCGUAAACGCACCCUCAAGACGGGAGGACACGUGGAUGACGACAUCUCCCCAAGGCACAUAAAGACGGAACCCAUAAUUCGCAUUCCCGCAGAUAACGUUAACCGGAACAGGAAAAUAGUUGCCGAAGAUCGCCCUUCAAAAUCCCCUGGUAAACCGUCAGAGAUAUCACAACAACAGCGAGAUUACGGACUAUCGAAAAUCAAAGUAGACGAUGAAAAGUCUUCCAAUGUCGACUCAUGGUUUCAAACAUGGAGCGGAUCAGCAGUUAAAAAUUUGUAUUCAGUGUAUGGCGGCGACAUGUCUAAAUACGUCGGGUUUUUCAACAAAAGCCUCGCAAGUCAAAGAAAGAUUGACUCUCUCUACCCGCCGCCUCUGAUGUUCACUUCCGGAUUCCAUAGCGACAUCGACGCAUCGACCGGAAGUGGGAUGCUCUUCGGUCAGUUUGGGUCUAAUUACUCGCAGAUGACGUCAUCACUCGAGGCUAUGCGGUCACCGUGGAAUAUCUACGCACGGUUUCCCGGUAUUUCGUUCCAACAUUAUCUCGGCGCCGAAUCAAGCAGGGCCUCAGACGCAAACAAACACCCACUUGCUGGUAACCCGCAGACUAGCCAGUGCAGCGGCGACACCGAAUAAGAAUCAACAAACCAAACGGAAUAUAAUGUGACCAUUGUAAAACAUCAGGUUAUAUGCACAAAGACAAUUAUUUUUUCAUAGAUGAGAUAGAUUGUAUGACCUUAUAAAAGGCAUGUGCAUUUCCCAAUUUCAGAUACUGCAUUCGAUAAUAUACAUGUGUGCUAGUUUUUUAAUUAAAAGUCUAUUCCGAGUUUGAACUGUAAACUAAAACUCAAUGAAUGCAAGUGCUUUGUUAUAAUGGCAACUGGGUUUAAAUGGUUAACUUAUAUUCUUUAAUGGGUACUAAAACAGGUCAAUAUAAAAUUGUGUAGGCUAUAAAGGAAUUUACACAAUGUACCGGUAGACACUUUCCACACAUGCAUUCAGCCCCGUUUUUCCAAACACAGCGAGCACACUCAGACCCAUGAUUGCCUCUGGAACGGGCAGGCGACUCCAUGGCGAGAUAUCACAAACACGUCGUCUGUAGGCGAUAUGCUAGUACAGGGGAGAGAAUCCCGACGCACUCAAUAACAAUCUCCACGAAGAGUUGUUCCUUGCUAUCACAUACAACCUCUGCCAUCACAAGAAAAUCCUACCAGAUUUGGUAGGGUUUUAUGUUUUUGUUUAAGAUUUUCAUUAUUAGAAAAAGAGUAUCAUUUUUCUUUUAUAUUUUGAAAAGAGUGUAUAAAUUUAGGUUAAUACUAAACAAUAAAUAACCUUAAACACCAGAGAAGCAUGAAAAAAAGGACCACAAACUCACAAAAUGUCCACUUUUCAGUUGUACACUGGUAUGUAAACAGCAGAAAACUUAAAUGAUUAUUUUCAUAAUAUUUAAGUUUGUAUUUAAUAUUUUCCAAUGCAAUUUGGCAUUCAUAUACUUAAGUAUACAAACAAUAUGUAUGUGUAAUUUGGUGGUUGUU